UAGGGGAUUUUUGGCCUGCCUCCUUCCAAACGGGCUUGCUGGCCCCUCCCCAACUGGAUCACUCAUACAGUCAGCCACAUCUGUUGCUUCUGACUCCACAGCAUCCCCUGCUUCCUCCUGAUUUUUCUGCUCCCCUUCACCUCAACACUUAAACAGCCGAUGACACCCUGAAUGUAAGCCCCAAGAGGCAGAGGCUCACCUUCCUUAUUCACUGAUGCUAGCAACAGUGCCUGGUGCAAAACAGUACACAGAAAGGGAAUGGAUAAAUGAACAAGUGAAAUCUCUUGAGUUCCAGGUUGACUUCUGCAGACCUGCCUCUUUCUCUUCACCUCCACAUCCUGCUCUGGGCUGGGCAGGUCUUGUCACGCCAGAGUCCCAAGCUCCACCCCAACACUGGCCCUGCCCACUGUGGGGCCUGGCCCACUUACCGGAUGGGGAAGCCAGCAGCACUGAUGUGAAUGGUCUCCACAAGGCCACAGGCCUCCAGCUGACUGAGGACCUGGAUUGGUGAGGAGACAGGGUGGGCACCUGUGGUGUGGGACCAGCAGACCAGAAAUACCACUCCUUCUGCCCUCUGAGGCUCUGGUCCGUGUGAACCUGCAGGCUGUCCUCAUGCUUGACUGAUGAGGGUAUACUCUCCUGCUUCUGAUACCGUGGAGUUCUCCUGAGGCUGGAGCUGUUUCAGGGGAGAGGAGGAGCCCUCACAGACAAAACACCAUCUGAGUCUGCCUGGAGAGCUACAGAUGGCUCAGAUGUGGGCACCGAGAACACAGAGACACCCUUGCCCAGACACUGGUGGACAAUGAGGAGAUGGGGGUGCAGAGAAGGGAAAAGAGCUGCCUGGAGUUGCACACUGGACUGGACUGUUUUUUCGAAGGAGUGCUCCUGAAAGGGAAGAAGGAAAAAAAUGUCUCAGAAGCAGAUGAAGGAAGCUUUUGUCAGUAACCACAAUGGAACCAGCGUGCUAGAAGUCACCCAGGGCUUGUGUUUGCCUGCACUCUGUAUCGUGUGCAGAGGGCUCCUGAUCAUUCUCUCACAGCACUUGUGUUCUUCACAUACCUGGAGAACUAGAUUCUUCAUUGACUUUGUUUCGCUAAUAAUUCCCCUGGUGGCCACUUUGACCAUUUUGUCUUCAUUUGUCCUCCUUGAGCACCUUGCUGUAAUUAUCUGUGGGGCAGGGCUGUUCUAUCAAAUAUACUGCAGGAGAACUUGUGCCAGAAUGCCUGUCCAGAAAAUGCUUGAAAAAUUCUUGAAAAUCAGUCUAGAAUCUGAAUACAUUCCAGCCAUCUCUUGUUUCCGUGUAAUUAACAGUGCAUUUACUGCUGUUGCCAUUUUGGCUGUGGACUUUCCACUUUUUCCCAGAAGAUUUGCCAAAACUGAGCUCUAUGGGACAGGAGCGAUGGAUUUUGGAGUAGGAGGUUUUAUUUUUGGGACUGCAAUGGUUUGUCCAGAAGUUAGGAAAAAAUACACAGAAGAGUCCAGAUUUUAUUAUCUUACAAAGUCAUUGUACUCUGUUUGGCCAUUAGUCUUCCUAGGAAUAGGACGAUUAGUCAUUAUAAAAGCCAUAGGCUAUCAGGAACAUUUGACUGAGUAUGGAGUUCAUUGGAACUUUUUCUUUACCUUAAUCGUUGUGAAACUGAUAACAUCAUUGCUUUUGAUUAUUUUUCCUCUCAAUAAAUCCUGGAUUGUGGCAAUCAGCAUUAUUGUGUUAUACCAGCUGGCCCUUGACUUUACCCCACUGAAAAGGUUAAUUUUGUAUGGCACUGAUGGUAGUGGCACAAGGGUUGGUUUAUUAAAUGCCAACCGAGAAGGAAUAAUUUCUACCUUGGGGUAUGUGGCAAUUCAUAUGGCUGGCGUGCAAACAGGGUCAUAUAUGCUUAAAAAAAGAUCACAUGUCAAAGACUGGAUAAAAGGAGCCCACUGUAUUUUGCUAAUAGCUAUUAGUCUCUUCAUAUCUCUCUACAUAGUUCAGGUAAACGUAGAAGUAGUAUCUCGGAGAAUGGCCAAUUUAGCCUUUUGUAUUUGGAUAGUUGCUUCUAGCCUGAUCCUUCUUAGUAGUUUAUUACUGGGUGAUAUAAUUUUGAGUUUUGCCAAAUUUCUAAUUAAAGAGGCUGUGGUACCAUGUUCUUGGAAACUGAUCCAUUCGUCUGUCACAAAUAAAAAACAUUUAGAAUCUCUGGUCUCUGAAGCUGAAAGACAGGAACCCAGUCUUUGUUUAAUCACAGCUAUGAACAGAAACCAGUUAAUUUUUUUCUUGCUGUCAAAUAUAACUACUGGUCUGAUCAACCUGUUGAUAGAUACAUUACACAGCAGUACUUUGUCGGCCUUAUUUGUGCUCAAUCUCUAUAUGUUUACCAACUGUUUAAUUAUAUAUGUGCUACACUUGCAAGAUAAGACAAUAAAAUUUUGGUGAUCAGUAUGGGUAGGAAGUACCUGUGUUAGAGCAAUAUUUUAAUGAGGAAGAAUAUUAAAUGUGAAGAAAAUGGGCUUUUGGCAACCCAGUAUUAACCAUAUUUUUUUCAACCCUCUAUAAAUGAUGCUUAAUGUUUUAAUGUGUCUCAACACUAUAUAAAACAAACCAAUAGAGAAACAAGUCUUGUGACUCGUUACAAUAUUUAUUAAAUUUCAGUAUUUUAAAGAAACUGCAGUUGUGACACUGAAAGAUUGGAGGGUGAGGGGGAUUUUUACUUUCUAUCUUCUUACAUACCAUCCUGUAUUUUUUUAUUGUAUGACAUAACAUUUACAUGAAAACAUCUCAAUGUGAAUUUAUUGUAUGACUUUUAUAAUAAAAUUUACGUGAAAACA